AUGUCAAAAGACCCUCGACAGUAUGACAAGACCGAGGGCUUCCGUUUAAGUGGUUACUCCCCAUCGGUGAUGACCAAACGUGUGGUGCAUACGGCGACACCGGGGUAUACAGUACAACGUCAAGUAGUGCAUAGCAGGCCUCUAGCCGCAGCAGCAGUAGUAGUUGAUGAUGAUCAUCAUCACCACAAAGAUCAUCGUACUGUAAUCCGGUCGGGACCGCCACCACUCGGUCCGGCUCAUGCGCAUCUCACGGGAGGCCAGCUGGGAGAUUAUCAUCCUGAGUAUGGGAGGGCUGGUGUAGUACAUCGGCACUCGGGAGCGCCGCCACCUGGGUACGUCAGGGUGGUCUCUGGCGGCAAGCCAGGGCAAGAGGCCUACUACUGUCCAGCUGUGGAGAAGAGAUAUGACAAUAUAGAGGCGGCAUGGGCUGCGUAUGACCAUAACAAGGCCGUGCCCCAGCUGGGACCAGCGAGUACAUACGCCCAUCAGAAUCGACUACCUCCAACUGGUGGCUUCUCAUCAUCAUCUCAGGGGGAGGACCACAGAGUGUCUGGCAGGGACUCGCACAAGACUAAGGUGGGAUCGAGGUGGUGGAGAACGAUGAGGGCAUCACAGAACCCAGUGGAUGCCCCUCCACCUGACAAGGUACCACAGCCGGGCAGGGAUAAGCUGUUCAUGGAUAAGGACUUCUCGCCUUUGGAUUCUAGGCGUACUAUAGGUCCUGUUAGCAGUGAGGAUGGGAAGUCUCGUCUACGGCUUACCCCGGCCGAGCGGGAUGAGGCAGUGUGGAUACGCAUACCAGAUUUGAUAAGAAUGAACUGUGGUCUUAGCCACGAUGAUAUGGUAAACCUAUUUGACGAUACUAUUGAGCCCAAUGACCUCAUCCAAGGAGUUGUUGGGGACUGCUGGCUCCUGGCCAGCAUGGCCUGUCUGGCGGAGUUCCCCGAUUCAGUGGUGGAACGUAUUGAGCCUAAGGUCAUCUCGCCUGAAGGUAAGUAUACAGUGAGCUUGUAUGACCAUACUAAGUGUAGAUGGGAGGACAUUACCAUAGACGACUAUGUGCCCUGCAAGUACUAUGCUGACUACUCCCAGGUUCCUUACAGGAUCAACCAACAGGGCAAACGAGUUUACGAUGGUCGAGUGAAGCCUCGUAUGCGGUAUAGGCCCCUCUUUGCAGCUCCUCAUGGCAACGAAAUGUGGUGUUUGAUACUAGAGAAAGCCAUGGCUAAGUUCGUAGGGUCUUAUAGUAAGAUCGCUGGAGGACAUGAGCCCUUUGCCUUCAUGACGAUGACAGGCUACUCCCAGGUCUAUGAGUUUAAGCGUAAAGCUUUGGAUAAGGACAUGAGCUGUGCUGAGGUUGGGGUGUGGCAACGAGGAUGGGCUCAGUGGUAUAGUCGGGAUAGGCCAACUUGUGGGUAUAAGCCCGUCCAGGCUGGCAAGACUGACCGAGGCGGAGCGUUGUCCAGCCAGUAUAGUAACGAUGCCCUCUUUGAUAAGUUAUUGAGCUAUGAUGGGCGCAACUACCUCAUGGCCGCCUGCAUCACAUGCUUCCGUCAGCCGGAGACAAUGCAGGGAUACUUUAGGUCCGAUGGUUUGGUCCUUGGUCAUGCUUAUAGCCUCAUAUCUGCCUGUCGGGUUGGCAACAUACGCUUGGUGCAGUUGCGUAACCCUCAUGGCAAGGGUGAUGGCAUGCAGACUACUGAGUGGAAUGGUCGCUGGUCUGAUGCGGACCUCACCACGUGGAGGGCCCACCCGCAGCUAGUUGCAGCCACUGGCUUUGCCCCGGGUGAUGACGGCAUGUUCUGGAUGAGCUUUGAGGACUUUGCUGCCAUCUUCGAUAAGGUUAUGAUAUUGGCCAUGUCGAUGAGCCAGCCAAGGGCCGCCCUCUCCCAUAGUAGGCGAGGCAGGAAGAGCUCAUGUCUGCCGUGCUUCUCGAGGAGUAGGGGGGAUGCGCCAGAUAUGUCACGUGACUUCAUGCGAGUUGAAGCGGAGCGGUUAACCCUUGGUGUAGCUAUGAAGGCUAUACUCCAUGAUGAAGAUGAUGAUAUGCAGCAGAGGCGCAAUUUACUAGCCUACAGGCAGAUGUCAAUGUACCCUUAUGAUCCCUACCUCAAUGCUCCUCAGUGGGUCAAGGCGGACCAACGUCUGUGGAAGAAGUGGCUAGAUGAGAAGGGUAUCGAUUAUAGAUAGAGAGCCUUCUUGUAUCCUAUAUACAGCUACUUGUCGUUCUUUGUAUCAAAAGCACUGUAAGCACCAUUUUACAGUUGUUAGCAUGUACUCGUUAGAAGAGCCA